AUGGACUUAGUGUGCCUUCCAUUAGAACAGCUUGAUAUCAUCCUGGGAAUGAAUUGGUUGGAAUUCAAUAGGAUUCAUAUUAAUUGCUAUACGAAGACGAUUAUCUUUCCUGAAGCUGUUAGUGUUGAGGAUUGGGCAAUGACUGCUAGGCAAGUGGAAGAGGCGGUUAAGGACGGGGCUACUGUGUUUAAGUUGUUUACAUCAAUGGAAGUGAAAGGAAAGGCGGUGAGUAGUGAAUUAUCGGUAGUAUGUGACUCUCCAGAAGAUUUUCCAGAAGAUGUGAGGGCGUUGCCACUUGAAAGGGAAAUGGAUUUUGCUAUUGAGUUGAUUCUUGGAAGUAGUCAUGUGUCGAUGUAG